AUGGACGAUCUGGUAUCGGGGCAGUGGAAGGAGAAGCUUAUGGAGGGCAUGGACACGGAUGAACGGACCGAGAUUGAGGGCUUCAACCUGACGCCCAUCCACGUGCGAGUGAGCAUCUGCAACCUGAAAGCAAUCCGCAGCAGCCGGAAUCGAACCCCGACCUCCCCUACACCUGGUGAACCACAGAAGCCACAGCCACAGAGGCUUGGCAAUUCACAUGUGAAACAGCAGCAACCAUUGUCUGCACUGCCAGAAGCCCAGGCUGUAGCUGCUACAACUGCAACAUCAGAUGUUGCAGGUGGUGAGAUGCAAGCGUCACCAGCAGGUGUAAUGCCUGCUGUAGCAGUAGCAGAAACAGGAACAGCAGCAGGAACAGGGGAAGCAGCAACAGGGGGGGAAGCAAGGGCACAUGAGGAAAGGGGGGCACAUGAGGAAGGGGGGGCACAUGGGGAAGGGGGGGCACAUGGGGAAGGGGGGGCACAUGGGGAAGGGGGGGCACAUGGGGAAGGGGGGGCACAUGGGGAAGGGGGGGCACAUGGGGAAGGGGGGGCACAUGGGGAAGGGGGGGCACAUGGGGAAGGGGGGGCACAUGGGGAGCAAUACCCGAUAACGGUUGACUGCCUGGUGCUGGGGCACUACCACUGGAAGAUCCUGCGAGUGGAAUCCGCAGAUCCUGAGGCUCCUCCUGGGCGCAUACCAUCCUAUGGGCAGCCGCAUCAGGCGCGGGGAGGGGACGACUGGGGGAAGGGGACGGCGGCGGAGAGGCGGAGCUGGGCGAGGGGACGGUGGGGAGGCGCGGAUGAUUGGGGAAGCGGAAGGGCUGGAGGCGGAAAGGGAAGGGGCGAGGGCGAGAGAAACGGCAGGGCGGAAUGGGAGAGGGGAGGGCGUUGGCGGGCGAACUGGGCGGGCCAAUCAGAAGGGAGCAGAAAGGAGGGCGGCAGGGAGGAGGGCAGUCGGAACUGGGGCAGCAGAGACGGGGGUGGUGGCAAUGCGGGCAGUGGGGAUGCGAGUGGGGGGACCCUGUAUGAAGGGGGUAGCAGUGCGGGUGGGGGGGACCACUAUGUCACCUUGGGAGUGUCGCGGCGCGCUAGCAAGCAGGAGAUCAAAACGGCCUUCAGACGGCUGGCGCGCAAGGCCAUCUGUGCUCUCCUCCGCCCUCUCCUUCCUUCCUUCCGCUCCCUCCAGUGCCACCCGGACGUGUCACGUCACCACCAGUCUACCCAGGCGUUCCGAGCCAUUCUGGCGGCCUAUGAGGUGCUAUCUGAUGAGCAGCAGCGGCAAAGAUACGACUUCACCCUACCACCAGCGGCAGCUGCAGCAUCGAGUGACGCCAGGCCCUUCUGGAACCAACACAGACGCCCCUCCGCUGCAUCUUCAGCAGCAGCGGCACCUUCUUACUCCUCCGCCACACCCCCGGAUGAUACGGGAGACUGGACGGCAGCGUUGGUGGCGGUGGUGGUGUGGCUGGGAGGGCAGGUGGCAGCACAGCUCUCGAUUUCGCCGCUGGUGUUGGCUUUGCUGGCGUCUAGAUCGUCUCAGGUGGCAGAGCGGCACGGCUCUCGAUUCACCGCUGGUGUUGGCUCUGCUGGCGUCUAG